GCCCAUGCAGCCUCGCUCUCAUCUCCUGCGCACACGUGAUCCCAUUUGAACUAAUCAGUAGGCAGUAUUGAGCAGCAGUUGGACUGCAAUGGCGGAGACAAUGAAGCUGAGUGGAAAUCAAGCUCCUCCUAAUGAAUCAAGCAAAAUGUCCAGCUACAGGGACUGCAUGUGUGCAUUACUGAAGCAUUUGUCCGACUUCGGGAAAGAGCUCAAAUUAGGUGAUGCUGCUCUAAGAAUAGCAGUCAACAUUGAUGCUGUGGGUCUUCCGUCAUCUCCAGAUGCUCACGUGUACAGCUGUUUGCAGGAGCAUAUCACUAAAUUACAGGUUGUUUCAGAAAGCUUAAAGACACUGGUAGAUGCUCAUGGUGUUACAUCAUCUACAAAAGACAACACAUCAGACGAUGCUGUCACCUCAUCGCCAGUCCGAGAGCAGACGACUGCACGGUCUGAGCACCAUCCUCCCAGCCCAGAGGCUGCAGAAAGUAAGACGGCGGCCGAUGACGUCAUGGUUCAGAUCAGAGCCAGGAAGUCAGAGAUUGAGCGAAGAAUAUCUGCAUUUAUGGAACGCAAGCAGAUGGAGAUCAAUGAAAACAAUGUACGGGAGUUUUGCAACGUGAUCGACUGCAAUCAGGAAAACAGCUGUGCCAGAACAGAAAAGAAAAAUGGGGGUUUUUUUUUUGGGGGGUUGGAAAGGGCGGGAAAAGUAUUAUGGCUUCUGUUUGUUGUUUUCCUUCACUGGCUAGUUACACGGGUGGUAAACGUUUACGGGCCCCAGACUCGAGGUGGGGGAGGCCAAGGAGAAGCAGGUGAUCAGCAGAGGGGGCCGAUGGCAAGAGACUGCGGAAAUGCAGCCAUAGAAGAACGACUUCACAAUAUUGAGACUCACCUAAAACUCCCAACAGCGGGCCCAGUUCCAUUGAGUGUCUACCAGAGACUAAAGAAGCUGGAGGAUCGUAUACUAGAGUUGGAGGGACUCUCACCGGAGUACUUUCAGUCCGCGAGUCACCUGCACAAGCGCCCAAGGACAUCUCCUGCUCAGGCCUGCAGUCUGACAGAGCUGGAUGAGAAGAUCAGUGCAGUGAAAGCAGCACUACUGAAGAGGGUGAAUGAAUUUGGGCCUGGAUAUGGAACAGAGUGUCCACUGUAACAUAUGCACACAAAUGCUCAUUGUGUCCAUUUGUGUAUAUAAUGAGCUUCAUGUCACCACGUCCAGAAAAACUGUAUUCCUCUAAACAGUUUUGUAGUUAUGAGAUAAUAUUGUUCUAUAAAUAAAAAUAUUUUUCUUUCAUGAAAACUUGGAAUCAUAAU